AUGCCCGCUGUCGAUACCAUGACUUCCACUCCUGCCACCUCCGCAAAGGAGACCAAGCAGUCCCUUGCCACCCUCGAGUCGCUGUUGCAGCAAUUGUCCAUCUCAAAAGCACAAGAUGAGGCCAACGCAGCCGCAGCAAAUGUUGCCACCCUUCUAAACGGCCCCAUCGAAGAGCACGCUGUGCCUCUCAAGGCUGUUGAAGUCUUCAAGAAGCAACUUGCCAACAAGAAGGAUGCUCUCGUUCGAGAGCGUGCUGUCGAUGGCAUUCGUGCCAUUGCAGCCCACUCCACCAUUUCUCCUGCUUUUGAGCCAUAUCUGAUUUCACUUCUGCCCCUCACACUCGCCGCAGUCGGUGACAAGAUGGUUCCCGUCAAGAACGCUGCGCAGGCCGCAUCUCUCGCCAUCGUCAAAGCCAUCAACCCCAAUGCCGUCAAGGCUGCUCUUCCUCACAUUCGAAACUCCAUCAUCACAGCCCAGAAAUGGCCUGAAAAGGCUACAGGUCUCGACUGCGUUGAGGCUCUUGUCGAAACUGCCCCCACUCAACUGGCCUACCUUGUCCCUACCCUGAUUCCCAUCGUUUCCGAGUCGAUGUGGGACACAAAACCAGAAAUCAAGAAGAAGGCUUAUGGCACAAUGGAAAAAGUCUGCAAGUUGAUCGAAAACAAGGAUAUUGAUCGUUUCAUCCCUGAACUGAUCAAGUGUAUCGCUAAGCCUGAGAACGUGCCCGAAACCGUUCACUUGCUCGGUGCCACUACUUUCGUCACUGAUGUGCAUGAGCCCACUCUCGCCAUCAUGGUUCCUCUCCUUGAGCGUGGUCUUGCUGAGCGUGAGACAGCCAUCAAGCGAAAGUCUGCUGUCAUUGUUGACAACAUGUGCAAAUUGGUCGAGGAUCCUCAGAUUGUUGCUUCUUUCUUGCCUAAACUGAUGCCUGCUCUUAUCAAGAACUACGAGAACUUGGCUGAUCCCGAAGCUCGUGAGAAGACCAAGCAAGGUCUUGAUACCCUCAGACGUGUUGGUGCUGUCAAGGAAGAUGGUACUUUCCCCAAGAUCUCCACUGCUGGUGAGAUCUCUACCGUUUCUGCCCUCCUGAAAUCGAUCAUCGAUCAAAAUCACAAGUCUGCCGGUCACGAAGUCGUGAUCGAAUAUGUUUCCGCCAUUGCUGGCCAGCUUAUUGAUGAGAAGGUCGUUGACCUCCCUGACUGGAUUUCCAACACUGUUGAAUACCUCAAGUCUGUUGUCGGCGAGUCCAACGCACAAUCUACCGUUGAGCAACUGCGAAAGCGUGCUUGCCCCAACAUCGAGGAUGAAGCUGAGCCAGAACCCGAUGAGGAAGAAGGCGAGGAUCUUUGCAACUGUCAAUUCAAUUUGGCCUACGGUGCUAAGAUUCUUCUCAACCAAACUCAUCUCCGUCUCAAGCGUGGUCAGCGUUACGGUCUUUUGGGACCCAACGGUUCCGGCAAAUCUACUCUCAUGCGUGCUAUCAACAACGAGCAGGUUGAGGGUUUCCCCAAGCAGAAUGAAGUCAAGACUGUGUUCGUUGAGCACGAUCUUGAUGCUGCUGACACUGAACUCACCGUGAUUGGCUGGACCAUGAUGAAGUUGGCUCAGGUCAACAUCGACACCGCCCAAAGUGAAGUCGAAAAGAGCCUGGUCGAAUUCGGUUUUUUGCAGGAGCAACUCGAGGGUCCCAUCACUGCCCUGUCUGGUGGCUGGAAGAUGAAGCUGGCUCUUGCCCGUGCUGUCUUCGAGAAGCCCGAUAUUCUUCUGCUCGAUGAACCUACCAACCAUAUGGAUGUCAAGAACGUUGCUUGGCUCGAGAACUACCUGACCAACUCUCCUUGCACAUCCAUCAUCGUUUCGCACGACUCGAAAUUCUUGAACAAUGUCAUCCAGCACGUCAUCCACUACGAACGCUUCAAGCUGCGCAGAUACAAGGGUAACUUGACCGAGUUCGCCAAGCGAAACCCAGCUGCUCGUUCCUACUUCGAACUUGGUGCUUCUGAGAUGGAAUUCAAAUUCCCAGAGCCCGGUUUCCUUGAGGGUGUCAAGACCAAGGCCAAGGCCAUUGUCCGUGUCAGCAAAAUGACCUUCCAGUACCCCGGUACCCCCAAGCCCCAGAUCUCCGACAUCACCUUCCAGGUGUCUCUGGGCUCGCGUAUUGCCGUCAUCGGUCCCAACGGAGCUGGCAAGUCGACCUUGGUCAACGUCCUGACUGGAGAAUUGAUUCCUACCGAGGGUGAGGUCUACCAGCAUGAAAACAUUCGUAUUGCCUACAUCAAACAGCAUGCCUUCGCUCACAUUGAUAACCAUCUCGACAAGACCCCCUCCGAGUACAUCCAAUGGCGAUUCCAAACUGGAGAAGAUCGUGAGACCAUGGAUCGCGCCAACAAGAUCGUCACUGAAGAUGACGAGAAGGCCAUGGACAAGAUCUACAAGAUUGAUGGUACUCAACGUCGUGUCAUUGGCAUUCACUCCCGAAGAAAGUUCAAGAACUCGUACGAGUAUGAGUGUUCUUUCACCCUUGGUGAGAACGUUGGCAUGAAGAACGAGAAGUGGACUCCUAUGAUGACUGCUGACAACGCUUGGAUUCCUCGAUCAGAAAUUCUCGCCUCGCAUCAAAAGUUGGUUGCCGAUGUUGAUCAGAAGGAGGCUUUGGCCAGCGGUCAGUUCCGACCUCUGAUCCGAAAGGAAAUUGAACAACACGGUGCCAACUUCGGUCUCGACGCCGAACUCAUCUCUCACUCCCGCAUGCGUGGUCUCUCCGGAGGUCAGCGUGUUAAGGUUGUCCUCGCUGCCUGCACAUGGCAACGCCCUCACUUGAUCGUUCUUGAUGAACCUACCAACUACCUCGAUCGUGACUCUCUAGGUGCCCUUUCUAAGGCCCUCAAGGUCUUCGAGGGUGGUGUGGUCAUCAUCUCUCACAACGCCGAAUUCACAGAAUCCUUGACCAGCGAAGUAUGGUCCGUCAUCGACGGUAAGAUGACACCAUCCGGCCACAACUGGGUGACAGGUCAAGGUACUGGUCCCCGUCUGACCGAAAAGGGUGACGAGGAAGACAAGUUCGAUGCUAUGGGCAAUAAGAUUGAAGGCAACAAGAAGGCCAAGAAAUUGACUUCAUCCGAGCUGCGAAAGAAGAAGAAGGACCGCAUGGCACGCCGCAAGCGUGGUGAGGAGGUCUUCACUGAUGAGGACGAGUAG